CAACUUUCCCUCUGCUUUAUUCUUUUCUCCUGUUCAACAGGCUUAUUAUCUGAUUACCAGCUCUGCACAGCGGACUUGUAACACUAGCAGCAGUGGAGAUGGAGCAUCAGAACCUGGAGAAUACAGCAACAAGGAUCCAUUUGAAGAUAGCUGCCUGCGCCUAGCAGCAAGAACCUCCAUCUGUGCCUGCACCCAGGUCAAGAUCUACAGUGGCUCAAGGGCCUUCACCAGAGCCAUCACCACCAAGGACCAGAGGACCAGCAUCACUACAGCAGCCUCCACCUCCAUCUGUGCCUGCCUCAGUCUGACCUGCGUGACGCUGAAAGCCUCCUGUUGCAGCACAGCCAAGCAGAAUGCUUCCAAGAGGAGAUUGAGUGUCUUAAGGCUGGAAAACCAGUCAAACCUGGCAGUAAGCUCAGUAUGCUUUCACCGGAGAUGGAUCCUGCAAUGGGUCUGAUCCGCAUCGGUGGAUGAUUUCGCCACCUGGAGACUUCCUGUGAUAUGGAAAUUCACCCCAUUGUUCUCGAUCCCAGUCAUGUAGUCACAAAACUCCUCAUUAAGGACAUGGACGAGCGCUUGCUCCAUCCAGGGCCCGACAGGGUCUUUGCUGAGACUAGGCGCCAGUACUGGGUCCUGCGUGGAAGACAGGCCGUCAAGCAUCAUCAGAGGACUUGCACUGGAUGCAGGAAGUGGAAAGGGAAGCCAGUGAUACCGAUUAUGGCCGACUUGCCUUCUGCCCGUCUGCGGCUCCUCAAGCCUCCAUUCUUCUCUACUGGGGUCGACUGUUUUGGGCCGUAUACCGUCAAGGUAGGGCGGCGCAGUGACAAACGGUGGGGAGUCAUCUUUAAAUGUCUCACCACUCGCUGUGUCCACCUAGAUCUGCUUAAUAGCAUCGAUACAGAUGCUUUCCUCUUGGCCUUGAGGCGAUUCAUCGCUCGGCGCGGCAUCCCCUUCGAGAUUCUCUCAGAUCAGGGGACAAACUUCCGGGGAGCAGCUAGGGAGCUUGAGGAGGCGUUUGCCGGAAUGAUGCCCCAACUGCAAGAGGAACUUGCCAAGAAACAGAUCAAGUUUCGCUUUAACCCUCCAGCAUCUCCCCACUUUGGUGGUGCGUGGGAGCGUGAGAUACAAUCAGUCAAGAAGGCUCUACAAGUGGUGAUCGGCACUCAGUCUCUCCAGGGAGAAGUCCUCCUUACCUUGUUAGUUGAGGUGGAAGGUAUCUUAAAUGCCAAACCCUUAGGCUAUGUGUCAUCAGACCUCGCAGAUCCAGAUCCUGUGACGCCAAGCAUGUUGCUGAUGGGGCGGCGGGAUGCCUCCCUUCAACAAGUAUCAUACGCUACAGACACCCUCAGCAAGAGGCGGUGGCGUCAUUGUCAAAUGAUGGUUGACCACUUCUGGGUACAGUUCAUCAGAAGCUACUUGCCAUCCCUUCAAGUCCGCCAGAAGUGGCGGAAGCACACUGAUGGUCUUCUUCAAGGUACUGUCGUGAUGAUAGUUGAUCCUCAGCUUCCACGUGCCCACUGGCCAGUGGGGAAGGUCGUCAAGCUGAAGGCCAGUGCUGAUGGAUGCAUCCGGUCGGCUGAGGUUCAAGUCGGGGACAGGACGUACCUGCGACCCGUGGCACGCCUUGUGCAGCUACCCGCUUUAUCGGACGACGAUGCUGAUCCAGGGACUUCCGCUACACCUUAGGGAAUUUAUUCUGUUUUACAUAAUAGCUAUGCUACUCUGGGGGCGGCUGUUGUAAAUUCCCCUUGUUUUCUUUAGUCUGCGUUGUAUCGUUUGUGUUUUUGGUCGGGCACAUUUGGGGACAGCUAGAGUGGGCAGCUGCGGGUCCUCGAGCGGUUUGUUUACCAUGUGCGUCCGUGAAGAAUAAAUGAUGCAAUCCUUCUACAUGCAUUCAUGAUUCAAUACUGCUAUAGCUGUUGUAAGAAGCAUUCAAGCUAAUUAA